AUGGCGGGUAUGUCAGAAGGAAGCCAGUCUCUGACGGCUGGUGCCAGCAAUCGUCUCAACGGACCAACAGCCGCCCUCAAUCCACCUACUACAUCUGCUUCCAGUGGCGGCGCCCCAACGGAUCCUCAAGCCUCCCCUCCUCGCUCGUCUGCGCUCUAUACUCCUACGUUUCCACCCGCUCACGACGACUUCCCCGCAGCAAACGACCCGCUCGAGGCCAUCGUCAACCGCCCGCGCAACCCGCCACCCGAGGCUUACAAUGCGAGCCGGACCGUCGUUACCCUCCCACUCCAGUGGGCCAUCGGCGUGAUUGGCGUUGACCAGUUCCGAGAAGAGGAGACGAUCAAUCGCCGCAUCCUGCGCUCGAGCUCGGAAGUUCGUCAGCGAGGCGUGGCCGCUGGUGUACCGGUAGACGUUUUGGCCUGGCUCGUUGGCGCUCCGGCGACUGAGACUGUCGAGCUCUCGGCUGAGGUAUUCAAGGGGGAGAACAAGGACGGCAACACGGAUGAUAGUCAGGGCGUGGCUUAG